AUGUUGGAAUAUAGAGCGCCACCACCACCACCAGAAGGAGAACAUGAUCCAAAAGCAGGGUGCCAGCUCAUGGAUGGCUUUGGCAUAUUCAUUCAAUUAUGUUUGGCUACAACUGCGUUUUCAACAUUGAUUUUCAAAAGACAACGAGAGCAGCCACAGAGGCCCAUCAGGAUUUGGGUACUGGAUGUGAGCAAGCAAUUGGCAGGUGGUAUCAUGAUCCACUCACUCAAUGUCGUGGCGGCUGUAUUUUUCGGUGUGAAACCAGAAGAAGGACAGAAAUCAAAUCCGUGUGUUUGGUACUUUUUGAAUAUUUUUGUUGAUACAACGUUGGGCAUCGGUAUUCUCUGGUGCAUUUUGACUGGCUUCAAAUACCUUAUCCUGAGGCUGCAACUUACAGGAUUUCAAAGUGGAGUGUAUGGAGAGCCUCCGUUAAUGGAGCAACUCAAGAAAUGGUCCAAACAGCUCAUUGUAUACAUUGUCAGCUUGUUUUUGAUGAAGGUCAUUGUAGUGGGAUUGUUUCAUCUAUGUCCUUGGAUUGAAGAUUUCGGUGAUUGGGUAUUGCAGUGGACUGUGGGCAAUUACAAACUUCAGGUUGUAUUUGUCAUGCUGAUAUUUCCACUUGUGAUGAACAUUAUGCAAUUUUGGGUUAUUGAUACAUUUAUCAAGCACAAGACGGAUCAAAAGAGCCAUCACAAUAUCAGAUUGACUAGAGACGAGGAGGAUGCGCAGACAUUGCUUAGGCCACUCGAGGAGGAGGAGGAAGAAGAGGAGGAGGGAACGGCUGUCAGUGAACCCAUAGAGCCUCCACCAAAGUACAGCUUAGAUAAUGACAGUGAGGAGUUUGUGGAUGUGCAUCAUCCAAGCACAUUUUUACAAGGUUCUGCUUCUUCCUCAAGUGAGAUACCAGCGAGCAGCAACAAUGAAUAUGAAUUGAAAUCUAAAAAGCACUAA